GCGACUCUUUCUGGCCCAUGACCGCAAUGGAUGUUAUUUACGCACAACUUGAGCGACGCGCGCUGAGCCUUCUGGAGCAAUCACACCAACAAUCUUCAGAAGCCAGGGCCAUUAUUAUUCUGGCUGGCCCUCCAGGAUCCGGAAAGUCAACUAUCGCUUCUCAAGUAGUACAGAGAAUCAAUGCCCGCCGUCAAACUCCGAUCGCAAAAAUUCUUCCAAUGGAUGGAUAUCAUUACUCGCGCUCGCAUCUUGACAGUCUUCCAAACCAUGUCGAAGCCCAUGCACGAAGGGGAGCCCAUUGGACAUUUGACGGCCAAGCGGUUCUUGACAUGAUCAAGCAACUACACGCGUCGCGAGAGAGACCAUUCACUACGUUAUACGUGCCGAGCUUCGAUCAUGAGAUAAAAGACCCCGUUCCUGGUGCCAUUGACAUAAGUCCAGAUGUCAAGAUUGUUUUGGUGGAGGGCAAUUGGCUCUUGUACAAUGAGCACCCUUGGAACCAGAUUGUUAAUUAUGCAGACGAUACUUGGUUCGUUGAUGUUGACCCUCAGUUGGCAUUUCGGAGAGUUGCGAAAAGGCAUGUUGCAUCUGGCAUUGAGAAGACGCUAGAGGAGGCGAUGGACAGAGCAAGGAACAAUGACAUGAAGAACGGAGAGGAUAUACGGCGUUGUCUGAUUCAGCCGAUCAUCGAGGUCGAAAGUGUUGAAGACGCGUGAGCUACUCUAGUUGCGUCGAGUCAGUAAAACUGCAGUUUGGCUUCAAUAAGCUCAUGAGGCUAAUUGGUCUACUUCGAGCUUCUGGUCACCCCCAUAUUUGUCGGACUCCAGGCCUCCGAAGAUGGUUACUCCGCACUUAGUGGCUGUUGCAUGUGUCGGCCAACAGUGCUCCGAUGAAUGAAUGACGCUAGUUCGAAC